UGCAGAGGAUCCGCGGUACCCGAGCCACCGGGAAAGACGAACCAGCUCGGCCAGAGGCUGCCUGCGUGCGUGCGCUCCGGCACAAUGAUCAUAACACUGCGGACUCUCAUGGAACAAGGGAGGAAAUUUUUGGAUGCACAGAGAGCAGUAAUCGAAGAUUUCGCCAUGAAUAAAAACAAGAAAGAGAAGGAGUUCUACAGCCUCGACGUCGGAGACUCGACGUUCACGGUCUUAAAGCGCUACCAGAACUUGAGACCCAUUGGAUCCGGAGCACAGGGAAUUGUGUGCUCUGCUUAUGAUCAAGUCCUUGAGAGAAAUGUGGCAAUCAAGAAGCUGAGCCGACCUUUUCAGAACCAGACGCAUGCCAAGAGGGCGUUCAGAGAGCUUGUCCUCAUGAAAUGCGUCAAUCACAAAAAUAUCAUCGGCUUAUUAAAUGUUUUCACACCCCAAAAAUCAUUAGAAGAGUUUCAAGAUGUCUACUUGGUAAUGGAGCUGAUGGAUGCCAACCUGUGCCAGGUCAUUCAGAUGGAACUGGACCACGAGAGGCUGUCUUAUCUGCUCUAUCAGAUGCUGUGUGGUAUCAAACACCUCCACGCCGCUGGCAUCAUUCACAGGGAUCUCAAGCCCAGCAACAUUGUGGUCAAGUCAGACUGCACACUGAAGAUUUUGGACUUCGGCCUGGCUCGAACAGCUGCCACGGGCCUCCUCAUGACGCCUUACGUGGUGACGCGUUACUACAGAGCACCCGAAGUCAUCUUGGGCAUGGGCUACCAAGCCAAUGUGGAUGUGUGGUCAGUGGGCUGCAUAGUGGCCGAGAUGAUCAGGGGAAGUGUGUUGUUCCCCGGCACUGAUCACAUUGACCAAUGGAACAAAGUCAUCGAGCAGCUAGGCACUCCAUCUCAGGACUUUCUCAUGAAACUGAACCAGUCGGUAAGAACGUACGUAGAAAAUAGGCCACGCUACGCUGGAUACACCUUUGAGAAACUCUUCCCGGACGUUCUCUUCCCUGCUGAUUCCGAUCACAACAAACUGAAAGCGAGCCAGGCGAGAGACCUGUUAUCCAAGAUGUUAGUGAUCGAUGCCUCCAAGCGCAUAUCUGUUGAUGAGGCCCUGCAGCACCCCUACAUCAACGUUUGGUACGACCCAGCUGAAGUGGAGGCGCCACCGCCCAAGGUCCUCGACAAACAGCUGGAUGAGAGGGAGCACACUGUUGAAGAGUGGAAAGGGCUGAUCUAUAAGGAAGUGAGUGACUGGGAGGAGUGGUCAAAAAAUGGAGUGAUCCGAGGACAGCCAUCUCCUCUAGGUGCAGCAGUGAUCGACAGCCCCCCUCAACCUUCCUCCUCCUCAUCUUCCUCCUCGUCAGCCAACGAUGUGUCAUCCAUGUCCACAGAGCCCACUGACCCGAGCAGCGAUCCCACGGUGACCUCGGAAACAGGCAGCAGUCUGGAUAGCCAGACCUCUCUCGGUGCUCUGGCGUGUUGCAGAUAACACAACACACACACACAUUUAUUCAAGCAUAACCUUUCAUCAGUGCACCUUAUACAGUGUUUGAGAUGGGAGGGUUUAUAGGCCAAUGGAAGUUCUCAUGUUAGUUUGUAGAGCUGCGAUUUCAAUGUACAGUUUGUUGUUAUUGCCUGAUACUACUGUAAAUGAUUGUGGUUUUAAAUUGUACCAUUAUUAUUGUAUUUUUGCUGAGAAGAAUCAAGAGUAUGUUUUGAUGUGAACAUUAUGUUUGUAAUGAAAGGGAGGCGUUGGAAAUUCUGCAUCAAUGUUUUUUUUAGCUCCAGCGACACAGUGGGAUGGUACACUGCUAGCACAGCACUGUUACUUUUUAAUAUAUUUUUGAAAUGCUGAUGUGGCAUUUUGUAUUGUUUUUUGGGUGGGUGGGGAGGCGAGACAUUUGAAUGAAUCCGCUGUUAACUAAAGGACUUUUUUUUUUUUAUGUGGAUAUUAUUGCAUACAGGAAGUCCUCGACCUACGACGUUUCGAAUUUACGACGCCCGUACCUCGUCCGCCAUUUUGUCCCAGCACCAUAGUGUUUCUGCUUAGCUAGUGCAUAGUGCUUGUCUGUGUUUGUGCGGCGGGAGUAUCUUUGCCUUUUCCGCCCUCCUUUUUUUUUUUACACUCUCAGCAGUAAUGGUAAGUACAGCAUCUUAUUUUUUAAUUUUAAUUUCUUUAUACGAAGUGUUAACCUUUCUUGUUACGGUCACCUGACCGUGGUCGGGAGACGCAGGGGUUAACUCCCUUCUCUCGUUGCACAGCUGAGCUGUGUGGCGGCAACAAUAAAGGCACGAAGCACCGAUUUGCUGCUUUAAUGGCGUUAUGAGCUCCUCUGCACAUUCAAUGUCAACGGGUCCUCCGCUGAUCGCUACUCUUCCCCGGUCGCCGUCACUACACUUGCCUGCCACUGUACACACAUCGCACCUGCGCGCACUCCUUCCUCCUUGGCUGUCCCGUCCCACUCACACAUCGACGCACACGCCCGCACACACUGAGCUCGCUGUCACAAUCACGUGGGGCAAUAGCCGUAACAGAAGUGUUUCGCCGUAAAUUUAGACUUUAACGGUGAAAUCGGACUUACGCGGAAAUUCGCGUUACGUCGCCAGCGUAGGAACGGAACUCGUUCGUAAAUCGAGGACUUCCUGUACUUGCUUUAUGUCAUCUUCCUUCAAGAGUUUUCCUUCAUCUUAUCAUGUAACCUAAUUCAGCUGUUCGACUUCUGCUGGUUUUUAUUUCUUUUCCAUCGCAUUGAGUUUCAGUUUUUCAGUGUAAAUCUAACAUUUGCUUAUUUAGCUGUAAUUUCACUGUUAAAGAACGGGGUGAAUGUAAUUCCAAUACAGGCCAACUCACUGGCUCAAAAAUUAGCGUGUAAUUAUGAAUUUUUAGCAAUUUUGUUUUUUUUUGGGGGGGGGGGGGAAUUGCUCAUAGAUGUCUGGUAUGAAUUAUAUAUUAUUUAAGUGCCCUUACUUAGUUCACUGAUUUUUAAGUCCUCUCUGUGGCGGAGUUGAGUUCUACCUCUCUCACACAAACACCUACAGUACUACACAGACACAUUUUUAACGCUACAGUAUGCAUAUCACACAAACAAACGUUGAGGGAAGAUUUACUUUUGUCCUGUAUAUAUUAUUUAUUUAUUUAUUCCAAGUGCAAAUGCAUUUGUUGUAUGUAAUGUACAUGUAGCUCAGAAGUGCUGUUUCUAAUGCAUUUUGUUUCCUAUUCUUCAUUGCAUUGUUUUCUGUGCAAUACGAUUGGUAGAUUAGCGUAGUCAGUGGGAUGUAUAUUAUGUAGAUGUAUGUAUGGGAGUUAGCAAACAAGUCAUUUUCAGGCCUCCACAGUCCCUUUAGAUGUGUUUGAUGGAUCAAAGUUCUGAGUGUGUCCCUUCUUUACAAUGAUCAUUUUUGGGCACUCCAAGCAGUAAUCCCACUUCCUCCCAGAAUGCACUUGGAGAUUGUCAUGCAUGUCCUUGCACUUUCUGGGCCAUAUUAAAUGACUGUUGUGGCUGCCUCUUUUAUUUAGUUAGUUAGUUAGUUUUGUUACGUUUAUCUCUGUAACAAGUAUAAAGUAGUCUUCACACAUUGGAUUAAGUGCAGGAACAAGAAAGUCAUUCAGUGUUACUGGGAUGAUGUGUCAACAGAGUUGAUGGGUUGUAAAGCACUGGCGACAAAUUUUUGAACCUCUUGAGUUUUUUUAAUGGACAAUUGUGUGGAGCUGUCACCCUACAAUACAUUAAAAGAGCAAAACUGUCCACCUUCAACUCAAGCAAAUAAAAGAGUUGAAUUUGAAAA